GCUCCCCUCCCAUUUCAUCCCUUCCGACCUCAAUCUCCUCCACCCACCAACCCACCCCCGUCACUCGAAAUUCACACAACUCAAUCAUCUCCCACCCAUCGCCUGUUUUCCCUCGGUCGCGCAUAUCCAAUUUGCCCCCAAUGGCUUCUCUCUCCGCCAAACGCAAGUCUCCCGAAGACGCGUCCCACCAUGACGAAGCCAGAACGCCCACAAACAGCCCCCCCAGGAAGAAGCUCCGGAUCACACGCAAUCAGAAACAGGCCCUUAUGGAUAACCUCCAGCUUGAGAUCACCGAGCGCGCCCGCAAACUUCGUGCACAGUAUGCCCUUCAAGCCAACGAUCUCCGCGCACGAAUUGAACGACGUGUGAACCGCAUCCCCAUGGCUCUCCGCAAGGCCAAAAUGGGCGAAUUACUUGAGAAACACACGGCCUCUCUCCGGGCCCAGCAAGAAAAUACGUCUCCGAGGAAGCUCCUCAGCCCAGCCAAAGCGCCAAGGAAUUUCGCAACCAUCUCCGUCAGCCCCAACGUGCAAAAGGCUUCUGCUGCGAGCCCCAGCGCCCGCAGAGUGAAGAAGCAAAGCCACGGAGAAAUCUACUCGGACAAGGAGAACGCUCCCGCCGCCGGAGAGCCCCUCGAUGUACUGAAGAACCCGAAGAGACGCGGCGCCGCUGCUGGUACUUCGCGCGUUGUGUCGCAGGAAAUGCGAGGAGCAGACUAUAGGAUUCUUUCCCCCAAGACCUCGAAUUCCCGGACAUACCCACAGUCGCCGUUGCGCGCCUCACCAGAGAAGCCCACGAACUCAUCGUAUCUAUCGCGACCCAUGUCGCCUCUGAAGCCAUCCAGUCCGCUCAAGUCGACCACAGGGAUCAUCCGGACAGUCAAAGGUGCCUCCUCCGCCAUCAAGGAUAACAGACCCCCAUCGCAGGCAGCAAAGAGACCCGUCAGCCGCGCCGCCACGGGGUCCAAGACGCUGCGCUCCCCAUUGCCAAGACCCGCGACGCGGCAGCUCGAACGCAGAGGCAGCGUCUCAUCGUCCGCAUCGUCCGGAACAACCGUUGCCAAGCCAACGAGGACCGGAACCGGCGCUCGCAAAGCAACCACCGCGUCAACCUCAAGCGCUACGACUAAGAAAUCAACCGUCGCGAGACAAACCGCCUCCGCAGCUGCGAAGAGGAAUACCACCUCAGCUACAACCAAGAGAGCCCCCACGCCCGCCGGGGGCGACGCCCCAACAACAACAACAGCAGGACGGAGAGUCCUCCGCAAACGAGCUUAGUGUGCAGCACAUCACCACAUACAUUCAAUCGACUUUCUCAAAUUGGCAUGUUUUCUUCAAUAUUUUUUUUUUUUUUUAGUUAUGGGCGCGGAGUAAAACGGUGUUUUUUAAUACCUUUUUUUUGGCAAUGGCAGGGGCGAGGUCUACGGGGAUAUCAUGGGAGUUUUCAUGCGCCUUGUUUUUUUUUCUCUCCCUUUUUUUUAUACAACAAUACGAUUCUCAGUAGCCUGAUUUGGGCCUGUCUGGCUUCUUACAGUUUGGUUUACAGUACAUUCUGGUUGAAUAAUGAUCCUUCGGCGAUUUCUUUUGGGGGUCGAGCUGUGGGAGGAUGGGAGGCGAGUCUAUAAUUUUGGAACUUUGACAUGCG